UCCCAUGAGUCGAUGUUCCGCAGUUUGUAAACCAAUACGUCACUGCUUUUGUUGUAUUUUAGUGCCAAUCAAGUCAGUAUGGAAGAGAUUCAACAAUAGAUUUACAGCAUUCUCGCUGGCAGUAGAUAGGAUUGUUCAAGAACGGAAUCUGUUGAGCGUUCCAGAAGGAAUUUGGACGUUUUUCUGCUAUAGCGUUUAUAUAAACUUCAUUUUCGCCCUUUUAGCAUUUGUUGGCGGAGUUUUGUGUUUUACAUUAGGUCUCUACUAUUCAACAUUUUACACCAGAAUAAACUGUGAAAAUGGAAUCAAUAUUUGGAUUCCGUUAAACAAUUUGAUUGCAACAUGGACAGGAUUUUUUGCAGUAAAAGCACUUCAUAUCCGGUGGUCCGCUUUUGUCCAUUUGGUCUUCACUGCUACAAUGACACCUUUGAUGUUGGUUGCGGCCAUUUUUGCUACGACGCAAGUUCCUGUUUGGUUUGAAGAACAACGAAUGUCUCGCGGAAACAAGGAUUAUGGAUAUUGGAAUGCAAGUGGCGACAGCAUGCUUGCAAUUUGUUCUUAUAUAAUUGUGCUUCUUUCUGUCUUUGAAUUAUAUGUCUACUACAAGUACUGGCUGCCCGGUGGACAGAUAAUGAGAGCUCGAGACGUUUGAGCUGAUCAGUAACACAACGUUAUUGGGUAUUCAAUGAUUUCAUCGAUCGUUGUGUAUUGUAAAUAUGUUUUAAUGAGAAGCCAAAUAAAUAUAAAAACUUUUU